AUGGCGUCAUUCAAAUCUUUUUUCACGCAGACACUCGUAGUCACCGAGUCAGUGACUACAAGUCCCCAUUCCACUCUGCAGCCUGUUUUGACGGCUACAAGCUCCGAUUCCAAGUUACAGCAGUCAGUUUUGAGGACCUCAAGCGCCGAUUCUAAGUCUCUGCAGUCAGUUUUGACAUCUGGAAGCUCCGAUUCCAAGCUUCAGCGGUCAGUUUUGACCACCGCAAGUUCCGAUUCCAAGUCUCUGCAGCCUGUUUUGACCGUUACAGUUGGAAACUCCGAUUCCAAGUUUCAGCAGUCGGGUUCGACGAACGCAAGCUCCAAUUUCAAUCCCCAGCAAUCGUCUUUGACCACUGACCACUCGCAGUCUGUUUUGAAGGCAGGACAGCCUACGAUUACCAAGGUUCAACAGUCUGUUGCGAAUGGGCGGUCAUCUGAAUCUGUCCACACCGAACAAUCUCAAAUUUCUCAAAGCUCCAAUUCCAAUUCUCAGCAAUCGUCUUUGACCACUGACCACUCGCAGUCUGUUUUGAAGGCAGAACAGCCUACGAUUACCAAGGUUCAACAGUCUGUUGCGAAUGGGCGGUCAUCUGAAUCUGUCCACACCGAACAAUCUCAAAUUUCUCAAAGCUCCAAUUCCAAUUCUCAGCAAUCGUCUUUGACCACUGUCCACUCGCAGUCUGUUUUGAAGGCAGAACAGCCUACGAUUACCAAGGUCCAACAGUCUGUUGCGAAUGAGCGGUCAUCUGAAUCUGUCUGCACCGAACAAUCUCAAAUUUCCCAUGCCGAACAGUCUCUUUUCAACUCCCAGCAAUCUCUGUCCGGGGCAGCAACAUCUGUUACAAAGUUUGAUCAAUCUGUUUUAAAUGCCGGGCAGACGCUCGUAGUAUCUAAUCCGGUCACCGGAAGUCUCUAUUCCAAGUCUCUGCAGCCUGUUUUGACGGCUGGAAGCUCCGAUUCCAGGAUUCAGCAGUCGGUUUCGACGACCGCAAGCUUGGAUUCCAGGUCUCAGCAAUCGUCUUUGACGACUGUCCACUCGCAGUCUGUUCUGGAGGCCGAGCAACCUAUCACCAAGUUCGAGCAGCCUGCCUUCAAGGCUGAGCAAUACCUGUCCGAGGCAGAACAAUAUGCUAACAAGUCUCAGUCAAAGGUCAAGCGGGUUGUUUCAAAGACACUAGGGAUCGCCAUGGCUGAGCUCCUUGCUAUCACCAACACCACCCGUUCUGCAUCAAUCAGAGGGGAUUUGUCUACCGCUGAAAGGAUUCUUACUCUAGAGAUUGCCACCGACGCCAAGAACUUCGCCUCCUAUGCCAAUCGCUCUUUCAUUCUGGCACGCAAACUCGACUGGGACAAUGCGCUUCAUGAUGCGACCAAGUCCCUUGUCAUAAGGGCAUCGAUCGCUGGCUAUAUCGCCAAGGGUAUCGCUCUCUGCGGAAAGCAGCGCCUCGAUGACGCGAGGACAGCCUUUGACUUGGCAUUCACACACGAAGAGGCAAUGCUGCGUGUGAACCAGCUGGCUGCUGAUCCUUCUGCCGAUCCCAUCGCUUGUGGUAUAGUAGUGGCGAGUCUGCGACUCCAACUAGGAAUUAUUGCCUUCCAUGGCGCGCGUCAUAAUGAGGCGGUUGAGCACUUCAGUGCCGCUGUGGACGCUAGCGCUGUCUUGGCUAAAUCUCUCGUUCCUACUGCCUUGGAGGCCUUCACUGUGCUCUUUGGAUGGGACAUCGCGGCGUUGUGGCCAACUUCCAACGAGAGACUGAUACGUGCGCUCCUUGGGGCUGGCAGGCUUGGAGAAGCUUUCGAAUCGUACCGUUUCGCGAUGGACGCGAGUGCUGAUAUUACGAAGACCCAUUUACGUUCUUGGGCCUUGAGUGAGUCUUUUCAAUGA